ACGAAUCUUACGAUGACAACUAUUACGGUGACAACUCUUACGAUGAUUACGGUGAUGGCUAUUACGGCAAAUCUUACGAUGACUACGGUGAUUAUGAUACCUAUAAUAAGGGAGACGAUUACGAUACCUAUAAUAAGGGAGACGAUUACGAUACCUAUAAUAAGGGAAACGAUUACGAUACCUAUAAUAAGGGAGACGAUUACGAUACCUAUAAUAAGGGAGACGGUUACGAUACCUAUAAUAAGGGAGACGAUUACGAUACCUAUAAUAAGGGAGACGAUUACGAUACCUAUAAUAAGGGAGACGAUUACAAUAGCUAUAGCAGGCGCAGGGCCCUAGCUAAAUUCGGAAAACGCGGAAAAGACAACUCUUACGAUGACUACAACUCUUACGACUAUGACAACUCUUACAAAUCUGACGACUAUGACAACUCUUACAAAUCUGACGACUAUGGCAACUCUUACAAAUCUGAUGACUACGACUACGACAACUCUUACAACUCUUACAAAUCUGAUGACUACGACAACUCUUACAACUCUUACAAAUCUGAUGACUACGACAAAUCUUACAACUCUUACGAUGACUACAACUCUUACAAAUCUGAUGACUACGACAAAUCUUACAACUCUUACGAUGAUUACAAUUCUUAUAGUAAAUUCAAACGCAAUGCUUUAGGAAAGCGUGCUUUAGUUAGACGCAGGAAUUAA